AUGGAAAAUUUAGCGACAAAAUUAGGUAGUUUUGUUCGCAUCUGCAAACCUGGAAUUAAUGCAUUUUAUACCAAAGCAUUUAAAACAGAUUAUACACAACACGCUACUCAGAAAUGCUCAAAAAGAGACAUUCAUCCUUACAAACGGAUACAUCCUUGGAAAUCGUUGAGAGAGUUUUCCGAGGAUCUUGUGAAUAAUGUAAUUUAUAACAGCGAUGGUCUAAUAGCGCUCAAUAAACCUUAUGGCAUAGGUACUGAGAAAGGAGCAGUGCAAACUAAGUAUGCUGUACCCAAUGCUGUAGAUUAUACAUUGCAAGAUGCCCUACCACAUAUUGCUGAACAUUUAAAAUAUCCAAAGUUGACUGUAGUCAGAAAUCCAGAAAAAUAUAUGAGUGGUGUUACACUUUUAGCAGGGGAUUCACAAGUUCAAGAUAAAAUAGAAAAAUCAUUAAGACGUGGUAAUAACUUCACAAAAACUUAUUUGGUAAUUACAACUAGUGUGCCAAAGCGAUUAAAGGGUAAAGAGAAAUUGGCAAUGGAAAUGAUAUCGAAUCCAGAUUACAAUUAUAGAAAGCCGGUUAUAGUCUCAUCAUGGUCAGAAAGGGCAAGGAAAAGGCAACUUAUCAAACCUUUAAGCGUAGACUUUAAAGUUUUGUCCAAUUCUACCCUUAAUUUAUGUUCGCUGAUUGAAAUGAGAUCUUCUACCAUACAGUGGCAUGCGAUUAGACUUUUUGCAACUACAGUGUUAUAUUGUCCAGUAUUAGGAGAUAAUAUGUAUGCAUCACGAAUCCAGAAAAUUGGAAAUACUUAUGUUCAAGUUGAUCCCUUCCUGGAAUACACACAGUUACCACCAGUACUAGAAAAACCAAUCUUGCAGUUGCUAAAUGUAAAAAGGUCACAGCAACAUAUCAUUCCUGUUCACAUUCAUUUAAAAUCAAUAGAUUUACCAUCCUUUAUCAGAAAAGGAGAAGACUUAAAGAUUGAAGCUCCCUUAAUACCACCGUUUGAUUGGACUUGCGAACAACUUGAAUUUAAGUGUUUAAUGAAGAAUAAAUAAGACUGU